CCCACUUGGGAUAGCGAAUGCCUGAUGAUUCAGCCUGGUAUAUAGGAGCCUUAAUACAAACUGCUCCUCUCUAAGAAACCACUUGUAUUAUCAUAUCUCGGAGAUUAUCAUUCGAUCUGAAAAACCUUCACGUGGUUAGUAAUUGAAAUCUGAGUGUGGUUUCGCCGGUAAAGCGUUGAGCGCGACAAUGUCCGAAAGUAUAAUACUUGAAAUUAAAAGUGCCAUUCAGUCUUAUCCAGAUUUUCCCAAAAAAGGUGUUCUUUUUAGAGAUUUUUUGCCAAUUCUCCGAAAUCCACACCUAUUCGACAAAAUGAUUUCACUCUUUCAAAACUACAUUGAGGAAAAAGUCUCAGAUGUUCACUGCAUUGUUGGCAUAGAAUCCCGUGGGUUUUUAUUCGGACCUACUCUUGCAUUAAAAAUGAAUGUGCCUUUUAUACCCGUCAGGAAACCUGGGAAGCUGCCAGGCAAUGUUAAAAAAGAAUUUUAUUCCUUAGAAUACGGAUCAGAUGCUUUAGAAAUUCAAGUAGAUGCUGUUACGACAGGACAAAAUAUAAUUAUUAUAGAUGAUCUUAUUGCAACUGGAGGUUCUAUGGAAGCUGCUGUAAAAUUAAUUAGAAGCAUAGGUGGAAAUGUCCAGUGCUGUCUGGCAGUCAUUGAGCUCAAUGAAUUGAAAGGAAGAUCAAAAAUUUCAGCACCCUUGUAUUCUCUAAUACAGUAUUAGUUUUCAUAAUUAAUACUUCAUGUUAUAAAAUAUACUGCAAAAAAGCUGCUCAUCUGGUUUAAUAAUAAACCAGAUAACAUGAUUUAUUUGAAUCUAGUUAUGCUAUUUAUCUUAUAUAUGUUUUAAUGCUAAUUCACUGUAGGAAUAAUUUUGAACUAAAAUUGUAAACAUUUAUAAAAAAAAAGCUUAGCAUUAAGCGUAUUUUAAUGCCAUUAUGUUACUUAAAAAUUUUUGUUAAACUUUGAUAGCAUUGUUAAGUUUAUAUGCUACAGAGGACAUUUAUAUAUUUACAAGGAAUUUUCAGAUUGUGACAUUUGCAAUUGAUCACACAUAGGAAAAUUCUCAUACAACCAUUGAAACUGGAAAAAGUUCCUUCCAAAACAAGGAUGGGAAAUUAACUUACUAUUAUAUUUUCAGGAUUUGUUUAUUAAAAGAAGUUAAAGCUUAUUAUAUGAAUACUUAAGUUAGAUUUUAAAUUAUCAUUUUAGCUAUUGUUUUGAUUAAUGUGACCUUUUAAUCUAAAAAUCGCUAUUUUCUUUUCAAAUGUGCUGUUAUUUUUAUUUACUAUAAUUUUCAUUUUAUCAAA